AUGGCUAGUGCUCUCGAGCCGAGACAGGCCUGCUCAUCGGACUUCAGAGUCUGUGCUCCUCCAGGUUUGACUACCAACACUCUUGGUCCUAUCAGCUCCCAAUGGGGUCAGCUGUACAGCGAUAUCAUCAGCACUGUGAAUGGGUACUCUAUUGAAGACGGUGAUGGUCCAACAACAACUCUUGUCGAUCCUGAUGGUCCGGCUCGUCGUGAGAUGGCAUUCUGCUGUUCCAAUAUCGCCGAUUGCCUGAUUGUGAAGAAUUAUGGCAUCCAGAUGUGUUGGGAUCGUUAUACAACCAACGUCUUCUUUCCUGACGGCACCUAUGGCUCGGUUGUUUCCGCAGACUUCAACACAAGCACUGGUGACAGCGUCAACCUAGUAUAUGGGGAAUAUACCUUGGGGGAUGGACAAAAAGGCAAUAUUUACCAAGGCGAAGCUGCCACUUCGAUGAAGCCAGACACCGCCACUAUGACCAGACCAAGAUCCUGGACCAGCAGUGGUGAAGGAAGUGCUAUUCCUGCCACAGAACUUGGCACCUCGGGCGAAAUGUCCACAAUGACCACGGUGAUUGCUGCAACCACAGAAGCUGCAAGCACCGGCGACUCGAUCACACUCAUUGCAACGAUGACAGACUGCCAAAACUGUCCUGCCUACAAUACAACUAUCGCUGGUCUGACUGAUCCCGGCACUACACGCCAAGCCAGUACAGCUGUGAUCACCACAGCCGUGCUCAACACCACAGGAAUCAUUACUCCAACUAUUACCGGCACCAGUAAAGCCUCGAGACUCUCUAUUGAGCUAACCGUGGUCCUCGGUGCCGCUCUACUCGGCAUGAAUGCAAUCUGCUUCUGA